AUGAAGGAAGAGGGUCCAGUGCGACGUAGGUUUUCUUCGUGUGCUGGGAUUUCAUCUGUGUUUUCUUCGAGAACUGAUGGCCGAAAGCUUGUCCGGAAUGCUUCAUUUGGAGGAUAUAACGAACUCUCUCCUGCUUUACCAGGUUUUGACAAAGGGAAGGAUGAUGUGUCACAAAGUAAAGAGGAUACAGCACAUUCUAUGUCAAAAAGCAAGUCUGAAUCCAAGCUUUUCAAUGGCUCUGAGAAGGACAUAUCUUUAUCUUCAAGCAAACUUACAAAAAAAGAAUCUCUCAAGGUUCAAAAGAAGAAUUACAGAGAAGAAAAGAAGAGAGCCACAAAAGAAUUGCUUAGCACUAUCACAGACCCAUCUGUUAUUGUUAUGGCUGACUGGUUGAAGAUUCGUGGUACCUUGAAAAGCUGGACCAAACUGUGGUGUGUACUGAAACCAGGAGUGUUGCUCAUUUACAAAACCCCCAAAAAUGGCCAGUGGGUAGGAACAGUGCUCCUGAACGCUUGUGAACUCAUUGAGAGGCCUUCUAAAAAAGAUGGCUUUUGUUUCAAACUUUUUCAUCCUUUGGAGCAGUCCAUAUGGGCUAUAAAGGGUCCCAAAGGUGAAGCAGUUGGUUCUAUAACUCAGCCAUUGCCCAGCAGUUAUUUGAUCAUCCGAGCUGCUUCAGAAUCAGAUGGCAGGUGUUGGAUGGAUGCUUUGGAGCUGGCCCUGAAAUGUUCAAGUCUGCUUAAACGUACAAUGAUUAGAGAAGGUAAAGAACACGAUUUGAACUCUUCAGCAGACAGUACUCAUGUCUCUCUCUAUGGUCUGCUUCGUGCUAACAACUUGCACAGUGGAGAAAACUUACCAUUAAACGACAGUGAAAUUGAAAGGCAACACUUUAAAGACCAAGAUAUGUACUCUGACAAAUCUGAUAAGGAAAACGACCAUGACCACGAGGAAUCUGAUAAUGAUGGAUUGGGGAAAAGUGAAGAAAGUGAUAGCGACACAUCAGAGCGACAAGAUGAUUCUUACAUCGAUCCAGAACCAAUUGAUAUCAAGGAAACUACUUAUUUAGAACAGAGUCAUGAAGAACUUGGGGAGGCAGGGGAGGCUGCUCAGACCGAAGUAGUGUCAGAAGAAAACAAAAGUCUGAUCUGGACACUACUGAAGCAAGUCCGGCCAGGAAUGGACUUGUCCAAGGUUGUACUGCCUACAUUUAUCUUGGAACCUCGUUCUUUCCUGGACAAGCUGUCUGAUUACUACUACCAUGCAGACUUUCUGUCCGAAGCUGCUCUUGAAGAGAAUGCUUACAACCGCAUGAAAAAAGUAGUGAAGUGGUAUUUGUCGGGAUUCUACAAAAAGCCAAAGGGACUAAAAAAGCCGUACAAUCCUAUACUUGGUGAGACUUUCCGCUGCAUGUGGAUUCAUCCAAGGACAAAUAGCAAGACUUUUUACAUUGCAGAACAGGUAUCACAUCAUCCUCCAAUAUCUGCCUUCUAUGUUAGCAACCGCAAGGAUGGUUUUUGCCUUAGUGGUAGCAUUCUGGCCAAAUCAAAAUUCUAUGGGAAUUCAUUAUCUGCCAUACUAGAUGGAGAAGGACGACUAACAUUUCUAAAUAGGGGAGAAGAUUAUGUAAUGACAAUGCCAUAUGCUCACUGUAAAGGAAUUCUUUAUGGUACAAUGACCUUAGAGCUUGGGGGAACAGUCAACAUCACCUGUGAGAAAACUGGCUACAGUGCAACAAUUGAAUUCAAACUCAAGCCUUUUUUGGGUAACAACGACAGUGUUAACCAAAUAUCAGGGAAAAUAAAGCUUGGCAAAGAAGUUCUGGCUAUUUUGGAGGGCCACUGGGACAGUGAAGUUACUAUUAGUGACAAGAAGACAGAUGAUUCAGAGAUAUUCUGGAACCCAACAUCUGAUAUCAAACAGCGUAGAUUACCUAGAUACACAGUGAAGUUUGAAGAGCAAGAUGACUUUGAGUCAGAGAAACUUUGGCAACAAGUGACAAGAGCAAUAAAUAACAAAGACCAAACAGAAGCUACUCAAGAGAAAUACGUUCUGGAAGAAGCUCAGAGAAAGAGCGCCAAAGAGAGGAAACUCAAGGGUGAAGAGUGGACGUGCAAGCUGUUUGAUCAGGAUUCAGUCACAGGAGAAUGGCACUACAAAUACGCUGAUACCAGACCGUGGGACCCUUUGAAUGAUAUGAUCCAAUUUGAAAAAGAUGGCACCAUCCAAACAAAAGUUCGACAUCGGACACCAAUGGUUAGUGUUCCAAAAAUCAAGCGAAAGCCAACCAGUCAGAAGAAAGGGGAGUGUGGUUUCUCAUCCCCGGAGCCCGAUAACCAGGAUUCCUCUGGGAGCGAAGCGCAACUUCUAAAGCACAAUACAAGAGUAAGGAAAAAAGGCGCAGACCUUGGUGAACUACAGAGUGCCAUUGAAUCUAUAAAGGAAACACAAGAAGACAUUAAGAGGGACAUCAUGGCUCUACGAAAUAGAGUCACUUCUCAUUCACCACCCGCGGACUACCAUUUCUUGCAGUUUAAGCACUAUGUCUUCAUUUUACUCGUGGUUCUGCUACAGCUUAUCAUUAAUUUCCUGUUCAAAUAGGAAGCAUGAACAAGGGCCUUUCUGAACUGGAAUGAUCGAACUGUUACCGGGGACCAUAUUUUAAGUCGGACUUUAACUGAUGCAAUAUUAUCUAAAAGAGCCCUGUAGCAACAACUUACAGAACUUUGCCUCAGCGUCCAUGGUUCAGAAUCAUACUCCCGUCUACCCAGUUGAAGUAAGAACUGUGUAAGUGCCAGUACACUCUUGCUCCUGGUGUGUGCCUCUGUCUCACAGACAUACGACAUCAGCCUUGUGUUUUAUAUUCGGUCAUACGUUGUACUGAUGAACCUUC